AUGGCCGAAGGAGUUCUUUUCGAAGUUGCUAAGGGAAUGAUUGAGAAAGCCAGCAACCUUGCAAUCCAGGAGAUUGGACUACUAUGGGGUCUCAAAGACGAGAUUGAAAGGCUCAAAGACACAAUUUUGACAAUCAGUGCUGUGCUUCUGGAUGCUGAGGAGCAGCAGCAGCACAACAAUCAAGUCAAAGUGUGGUUGAAAAGGCUGAAGGAUGCCAUUUAUGAUGCAGACAACUUGUUGGAUGACAUCUCCACUGAAGCUUUACGACGGGAGGUAAUGACACGAAAUAAGAAGGCAAAAGAGGUACGCAUUUUCUUUUCCAAAUCGAACCAGCUUGCAUAUGGUUUUAAAAUGGGUCAUAAGGUUAAGGCAAUGAGGGAUAGGCUAGAUGGCAUAAAAAAGGAUAGGGAGUUCCACUUAGAGGAACAUCCUGUAGAGACACAAGUGAGGGGUUAUAGGAUGAGAGAAACUCAUUCUUUUGUACCUACUGAAAAAGUCAUUGGGAGAGACAAUGAUAAGAAAGAUAUUAUAAGAAUUCUUUUGGAUCCCAAUGUUAAGGAGAGUGUUUUGGUCCUUCCGAUAGUAGGACUUGGAGGACUAGGAAAGACUACCUUAGCUCAACUUGUAUUCAAUGAUGAAAAAAUCCGAAAUCAUUUUGAGCAAAAGCUUUGGGUGUGUGUCUCUGAUGACUUUGAAGUAAAAGUAAUUGUUAAAAAAAUUUUAGAGUGCGCAAAAAAUAUGAAACAAGAAAAUCUUGAAAUGAACCCAUUGAUUAAUGAUCUUAAGAAAGAAAUUGAUGGAAAGAGAUACCUACUUGUGUUGGAUGAUGUAUGGAAUGAGGAUCCUCAUAAAUGGCUUAGCCUAAAAGAUCUUUUAAUGGGCGGAGCAAGAGAUAGUAGAAUAAUAGUGACAACACGCAGUAAUAAAGUUGCAAAGAUUACACAAACGGUUCCACCAUACGUGUUAAAGGGUUUAGAUGAAAAAGAGUCUUGGUUUUUAUUUAAACAAAUGGCAUUUGAAAAUGGACAAGAUGCAGAGAAACCAAUCUUUAAGGAAGUUGGAAAUGAAAUCCUUGAAAAAUGUAGAGGAGUCCCUCUUGCCAUAAGGACUAUAGGAAGUUUAUUAUAUUUUAAAAACACAGAAAAAGAAUGGAUGUCUUUUAAUAAUAAUGAACUUUCACAAGUGGCUCAAAAAGAAGAUGAUAUCCUACCAACACUUAAAUUGAGUUAUGAUCAUCUUCCGUCGUAUUUGAAGCAAUGCUUUGCUUAUUGUUGUUUAUUUCCGAAGGAUUUUCGAAUUCAUAAACCAACAUUGAUUAAAAUGUGGAUGGCACAAGGGUUCAUUAGGUCUUCAAAUCAAAACCAAUGCCUAGAAGAUAUUGGUCAUGACUAUUUUAUGGAAUUACUUUGGAGAUCAUUUUUUCAGGAAGUUGAAGAAGAUAUGUGGGGAAAUAUAUCACGAUUCAAAGUACAUGACCUUAUGCAUGACCUUGCGAAAUCAGUAGCAGCAAAUGAUAGCGCCACUUUUUAUUCAAAAGAGGAAGAUAUUCAUCAGAAAACUCUCCACGUGUCAUUUGAUAGAAUGUUUCUCUCAUCAUUGGAAAUUCCAAUCUCAUUGUAUAAAGCAAGUAGGAUAAGAACAUUUCAUUUGCCAACUCAAUCAUACUAUCAAGAAACAAAAUUGGGUAAGUCAACUUGUAAUGCAAUUAUUUCAAGUUUGAAGUUCAUACGCUUGUUGGAUCUAAAUACAACGGGGAUUGAAACAAUUCCAAGUUCUAUCGGGAAGUUGAAGCAUUUAAGGUAUCUCGAUGUAUCUUAUAAUCCCAUCAAGAUGCUUCCUAGUUCCAUCACAAGAUUAUAUAAUUUGCAAACAUUGAGACUCUUUGGAUGUAAAAUUAAAGAAUUGCCUAGAGGUAUGAGCAAAUUAGUCAACCUCACAUAUAUUGAUGGGGAAUUGAAUUUGACUCACAUGCCAUGUGGACUGGGACAAUUAACUAAGCUUCAAACAUUUUCACUAUCUGUGAUGAGUCGGAAGAGUAGGCGCCACAAGUUGAGAGGAACACUAGAGAUUGUGCGAUUGAUACGUGGGAAAGAAGAUGCAUCAGAAUCUGAGGAUUCAAAUAUGAAAGUGAGAGUACAUCUUCAAGACUUGAAGUUUUCAUGGAUAAAAGAAAAUGACGUGGAUGCGUCCAACGUUGGGUAUGAUGAAGAGUCACUUGAAGCCUUGCUCCCACAUGGCCGACCUUCAAAUCUUCAAGAAUUGGAUUUAAUUAGAUACGGGGGAGUGAAAUUUCCAAGUGCGAUUUCUUCGCUUUCAAAUCUCGUAAAUUUGUCCUUACUUGCCUGUAACAAAUGCCAACAUCUUCCACCGUUGGAUCACUUUCAUUCUCUCAAAACUCUCUCUCUUUGGCAAAUGAAUGAUUUGGAGUACAUAUCAGAGAGAGAAAACAACGGGGAGUUCUCUGAUUCUUCAUUCCUCCCAUCUCUAGAGCAACUCACAAUUAGAAUUUGCCCUAAUCUAAAAGGAUGGUGGCAACGACAGAGGGAUUCUGUUGAGGAGUUCCAUGAUCAUUCACUGCCUUCAUUUCCUCAUCUUUCCGACUUACAAAUUUGGAAAUGCCCUAAGCUGAUAUCCUUACCUCUCUUUCCAUAUCUCGAAAAGCUAGAGCUGUAUAAAUGUAGCUUGAAGCCAUUGGAGCAAACACUGAGAAUGGAGGUGAUAAACACGGCAACCCCAAAGAACCUAACAUCAAUAGCAGCAACAUCAACCUCUUCUUCUUCUACACUUGCCGCUUCCUCGUCUAUCCCUCUCUCCAAAUUGAAGUCCAUGGAAAUUAGGGAUAUGGAGGAAACUCUGCCCAAGGAGUUGAUGUGCAACCUCAUUUCUCUCCAAGAUUUAAAGAUAUAUAAUUGUUGUGGUCCUCUCCCUCUCUCUCGACAUCUCACUGCCCUUCAGAAUUUGACAGUUUGGGGUUCUGAAGAGGUUGAUUUAACAAACGAUGGAGAUGAGAUGGAAUGGCAUGGCCUUCAGAGCCUUCGCAGCCUAGAGUUCCACAAUUUGGCAACUCUACCGGUGGGGAUUCAACAUCUCACCUCUUUGCAAAGCCUCGAGAUUGCCCGUUGUCCAAGUUUGUCGGCUAUACCGGAGUGGAUCCGUAACCUUACCUCUUUGCAGACACUGCGAAUUUGGAGAUGUCCCAUCUUAUCGAAAAGAUGCGAAAGGGAAGCGGGUGAAGAUUGGAGCAAGAUUGAGCACAUCCCAGACUUACGUAUAGACAGGUAG